AUUAGGUGCUACAGAACAAAAUAAUUAAACUCUAGGCCCCCCCAUAGUCACCAACCCAAGGGCAAAAUGGUAAGUUCACCAUUCAAUCUCCAUUAUUAAAACAGUCUUUCAAACUUUCCAACUCUCCAAAUAUCAUCCCCUAAAAACAAAACCUCUACAUGCUCUCUCUCUCUCUCUCUAAACAUUUCCAGCAAGCCAUCAUGUCCUUGUUUAACACCAGCCACUACUUCUUCUUCAUCACAGUCUUUCCAUGGACCUUUCUCAUCUUUCUCUCUCUACCCCUCUCUCUCUCCUCCUCCUCCAUUCACGACCUUCUUAUCUCCCAAGGCUUGCCAGCAGGCCUCCUACCAAAGGAGGUCAAGUCCUACACUCUCUCUGACAAUGGCCAGCUCCAAGUCUUCCUUGAUGGCCCUUGCCUGACCAAGUUUGAGAACAGGGUCUUCUUUGAAAGUGUUGUGAGGGCCAAUCUCAGCUAUGGAAGCCUCAUAGGGGUGGAGGGCUUGACCCAAGAAGAGCUCUUUCUAUGGCUGCCAGUCAAAGACAUCAUUGUGGAUGAUCCAAGAUCAGGCCUCAUACUCUUUGACAUUGGGGUUGCUCACAAACAGCUCUCUUUAUCACUCUUUGAAGAUCCACCUGACUGUAAACCCUCAUCAGGUGUGUUGAAGAAUCAUGUGAGGAAGGAAAAGGCAGGCUUUGAGGGUCUGAGAUAGGAAGAGAUGCAUGCCAUUGCCAACCUGUUUCAACUUUGUCUUUUUUUUUUUUCUUUCUUUAAAAUGCAAUUUUAAAUUUGAUAGGUCUAAUGAUAUAAUUAAGUAGGUGUUGUAGGUGGCCUGAGAUUAGAGAGGGGAGGGGUUUUGAGGAGAAGGAGAAGGAAAGGAAGAGGAGUUUGUAAAGAUUUGAACUCCUGGAAUCAGAUGUCCUCAUCAUAUUAGCGGUUCUAAUCUUCUAACUUUUGUUAAUUCCAUUAUUCUACUCUCUCUAAUCUGUUUAAGCAAAGCAAAGGAUCAAAUUUCUUUAAUCUC